AUGGGCGAUGAUGAGGUAGAGCUCGAAGAGAUGGCAUCCGCCGACGCUCAAGAAGAGGACGCGGUAGACAUUGAUCUCACAUUGGAAGAGGACACCGUGGAAAUCGACUUGACGUUGGACGAAGGCGAGCCUCUGCCACUAGAUCAAGGUGUCGAGACAUGUCCGCUAUGUGCCAAGAAACUCGGAGGUCUGAACAGUUUUGUGCAUUCCAAGGCCGGUGUGUUCUCCGUGCUCAUGACGUCUCACAAAGAGAACGAGGCAUGGAAAGAAGCAUCCGUCGCCGAGGACCGUAACUUCCGACCGACGAAGGGCAACGGCGGACGGCGGAAGGCGCCUUUCUAUAAGGUCAUGCAGGGGAUGCCCAUCGCUGUCGACGCGUUUCGCUACGGGGCCAUCCCGGGCGUCACAGCGUAUUUCUUGACACAUGCACAUUCGGACCACUAUACGAACCUCUCAGCUAAGUGGGCAGCGGGCCUAUCUACUGUGACGUGCAUCGAGGCGAACCACUACAGUCAACGCGGGCGACAGCGCGUACAAGUCGCCACAUCUGGUUCGCCAAAGAUCUUCAGGUACCUGCACUGCGGCGACUUCAGGGCGUCCCCGGCACAUGUGCUGCACCCAGCGAUCAAGGGCAAGCGGAUAGACCACUACUGUUUUCCGCCGCAGCCGCAGGUCAUCCCGGCUUGUGCGGAGCUAGCAAGGCGGAUUGUCGCCGGUAUCCCGUUGCACGAGGAUGCAGCGAAGGCCAAGCAGAACCGUACUAUGGACGGGUGGGUGACGACCUCGAGCGUCAAGACAGAACAGAAGGAGCAAGUCCCAGGUAGAACCCUCGUCGUCGUAGGAACCUACUCCAUCGGGAAGGAGCGCAUCGUCAAAGCCAUCGCUCGGGCCCUCCAGACGAAGGUCUUCUGCGACUCGCGCAAGGCGGCCAUCCUGCGGUGUCAAGCGGACCCCGAGCUACACGAACUGCUCACGAAGGACCCGCUUGAGGGCGGCGUACACCUUGUUCCACUGGGCGUGAUCGCUUCGGACCGGCUGAAGGAGUAUGUCGAGCGGUUCAAGGGGCAUUACAGCAGGGCGGUUGGCUUCAGACCGACAGGCUGGACGUUCACCGCUCCGACAGGGAGCGACAUGCUCCCCUCGGUCCAGACGAUCAUUUCCCGCUCGCAAAGCCGCACCUUCACCUACGCCCAGAUGAACCCGAUGAAGAACUCCACGCCGGCGCUGCAGGUGUACGGCGUGCCCUACUCGGAGCACAGCUCGUUCUUCGAGCUGACGUGCUUCGCGCUCUCGCUCGACUGGGGCAAGAUGAUCGCCACCGUGAACGUCGGGAGUGAGAACUCGCGCAAGAAGAUGAGCAAGUGGUUCGAGCGUUGGGAGGCAGAGAGGAAGAAGAUGGGGAAGGACGAGGUCGUCGGGCAUAGGGCUGGAGACUACUGGUAG